UCGCCCCCAUCCCUUCCCGAGGGCGCCGGGACUGGCCCUCUGCCCCCUCUCGUUUCCUUCAGGCUUCCCAAAACUCGCAUCCUCCAGAUUUCCUUUCCAGUUGGGGGGAGGGGAAGCCUCUUAAAACCUCCUCCUCCUCCUCCUAACAAGAACCAUUCGCAAGUCUCCUGUCGGGCAAAGCCUCUGUCCCCCCUCCCCCCCUCCUGGUCAGUCGCUGGAGCCGACUUAACUUUGCCCCUCUCCCUCCCCAGACCCGCCCCUCCGGCCUUCGCUGAUUGGUCCCUCCUCAGACAUCCCACCCCUCCAACUCGUGCAUUGUUGCAAGAUUCUAAAGGCGGAGGAAGGAAGUUGUGUGUAAUUUACUAGAAGGAAGGGGCUGUCACAAGUGAAGUCUGUCUCCGGGAGGCCCAGGUCCGUAGGCCUGGGGGACCCGGCGAACCAGCCGCCGGACAGCCAUGGAGAAAAAGCCUUCUCCGGAGAAGGAGGGGGGAGAAGGCGAGGAAGAGGAAGAGAAGAAGAGGAGGAGGAGGGGGGAGACUGGCCCCGAAGGAGCCCUGGGGAAGAACCCCUUCCACUUGACCGCCGAGGAUGUCUAUGAUAUCUCCUAUGUGGUGGGGAGGGACCUGAUGGCCAUCACUGGGGACUCCAGGGACGUGGCCACCAGGGUGACCCAGCUCCAGUUUAAAAUCGUGAGGAUUCUGGAGAUGCUGGAGGCCCUGGUGAAUGAUUGCAAUGUGACUGUGGAGGAGCUCAGAAUGGAGAGGGACAGCCUUAGGAAGGAGGUGGAGGGGCUCAGGAGCGAGGGGCAGCCCCCAGACGCUGAGGAGGUGGACCCAGGGACCAACAAAGUUGUCGUGGAUCUGACAGACCCCAACCGCCCCCGAUUUACGAUGCAGGAACUCCGGGAUGUACUGCAUGAGAGGAACAAGCUCAAAUCCCAGCUGCUGGUGGCUCAGGAAGAGCUCCAGUGCUAUAAAAGUGGGCUCAUCCCCCCGAACCACAGCCAGAUGACAAGAAGAGACCCCGAAGCCAUCACCAGCCCUGCCAACUCCAAAGAAGGCAAACAGGAGAAAACAAUCAUCCGGAAGCUCUUCUCUUUCAGGUCAGGAAAACGGACCUGAUCCUGCACGCUGUGGCCAGCACUGAAGAAUCAACAAGCCUUUAUUGUGCCAUGUGUAGAUAAUUGGAUUUACUGAUUUAUUUUCCCCUAAAAAAACUUCGAGAAGGAAAUAUACACUGUUGUUUUUCCCUCUGCUUAAUUUCCCCUUGGCUCUCGGAUGAGAGAGACUAGUGGGAAGCAGGAACACUGAGUUUCGAGCCAGAGGAUGUGGGUUCCAAUUUUAUUUUGGUGACUGUGAGCAAGGCAGUUCCAGUUCCCUUCCCUGGACCUCAGUUUCUCGCUAAGUGGUUCCUUUUCACUGGAAAGUUCUAAUAGCUCAUUUUUCAGCAGUCUUGGGAACCCAGAAGGGCAGGUUAGGGCAACUAAAAUUGUCCCAUGAAUCCAUGAGCAUGAGAAGGCAGCUUAGACUCAUGAAAAGGAAUUGGCUCUGCAAUUGGAGGACCUGGAUUCCAGUCCCACCCCAUGAGCUCAGAGGACCACCCUCUUGAUGUUACCACGUGCUUAAACUUGGGUGGGUCACUUACUGUUUCCUUACCUGUACUCCAUGCCCCCUGCAUCCCCUUUCCAGAGCUGAGCUGCUGAUAGAUUUUGGGGUGCUCUGACCCAGUCUGCAGGGGUUCCAUUGGGGGAUAGAUACUGGCCCAAUGACACCGCCCUAGAAUUGACUGUUUUUAAUAUGGAAGCGAAUUAAAAUCAGCAGAUUCUUAUUAAACUUGUAAAGAGUGCAAAGGCCUGUGUGAGGCAUUAGAAAACGAAAGAAAAAUAAUGGUCAUGUCCUUUAGGUGCCUGCAGUGAAAAUUGUCAGUUAAAAGAAAGAAGAAAGGUCAAAUGUAAAGUCUAAAUGUUUUCCUAUAAAUGUCACUGGUUGUCACCUCAUAGGAACCACAGAAGGCAUCUUGUCUAACCUACUAAUUUUUACAGAUGAGGAAAUUUAAACCCCAAAUUUUGAACUGACUCCCCCAAAGUUACACAGGUAGUGUGUGUUAGAGGAAGGAUUUGAACCCAGUACCUUGGACUUGAGAAUCUGUGUUCUUUUCCUCUUCACCACCAUAGUAUUGACUGUUCUUUCUUUGUAAGGUUUUAUACUGAGAUAAAUAAAAUGACUUUUCUACCUUCGUUAA